AUGGACAUCCUCUUUUCCCCUUACGGCGUUGGGGCUAUGCCCAAGACGGCUAUAGCUGAAAUAGAACGGAGAACAGAGGACCUGCUUAAGGACAGCAGCUUUCAGCGUAUGAUUGAGCUCGAACAAAAAUAUAAGCAAACGGACCGCCUACGAAGCCCGUUAGCUAUUCUUCCUUCAUCAGAACUUCCAGUCCAGUCUAGCAACGGUCCUCCGCCCAGACCCCAGCGCCCAGUCGAUUCGAUACCCCCGGAGCAGUUCCUGAUGGUGAAAGCAACACGACGGGCCGCUGUGCCCCCUUCCCUUUCUCUUGCCAUCCCCCCAGCCGCGAGCAACGAAAGGCGGAGCAGAGUCAACAACUGGGAACCAGAAGAGGACGACGACGAGGAUGAUGACGAUGGUCUUGGCACGCCCACAAACACUGAGCCCUUUCAAAAGCAAGUCAAAUUUGUAGCGCCCGAGGACAGCGAGGAUGAAGAUGCCAUGUCGGAACAGUCCUCGAUAUGCCAGUCUCCGAGCUGGGAGGGGUACGGUCAAAGAAGAAAGGACAAGAAGUUGGAGGCUGAGCGCCGCAAGAAAGAGAAGGAGCAAGCCGAAAGGGAGGCUAGGGCCGCAAAGAAACGGAACACCGUGAGGCUCAGCAAAGCCCCGCCCGCGCCCGCAGCAACAAUCCAAGAUGCCAGGGCUUUGACCCUCACGCCAGCGGAUCGGUCCAUGUCGGAUCCUCAACUUGUCAACCGGCGCAUGGUGCAAAGUGUUCAGUUCCAGCGACGGCCCGAGGACGGUGGAAGGACGACGUCUGCAGACAAUCUCCAGCACACGCGCUGGCAUCAGCCUGCGGUGGCGGAGGUGAUGACCGGGCCCAGCCCUGGUGUUUGGUACGGCGACGGCAGGCUGGACCCUUCGUCGAUCCCCCGCCACUUGCUAGGUGAAAAUGGGUUCUCUCCGCGACAGGAGUUGCGCAGGUCCAUGUCCGACGGACCGGUGCUCCCAAACCAACACCAACCUGUCCCAGGAACUCACUUCCGACCUGAGACACAAUCACCGUCCCCUUCCAGAGCAUCAAGGGUGCAGCGCACGCCUCGUGCUACCGCUGGGGUCCAUCAUCUUUCUCAACAAGAAGCUUCCAGCAACUCUCAGGAAUCGCCGUCCGGGCAAUCCAGCCGCAACGGAUAUGUCCUCCACCAAAGAGCGCUGGCCGCACAACGAGCGAUGGCCGGGUUAGCCGACGAGCAGAUAUUUGCUGCCAGCGCGAACCGCCAUUAUCCGCCUUCUUCGAGCUCCAGUUCCGGACAGAGCCAGAACGGGAGGCGCUCGUCCCUCACCCAAGAUGCGGUGUCCGCAGCCAUGAAACUAGUGGGAAUCAAGACGCCCACUGGCCGGGAGAGCAUCGACCAGGGUAAUCCCGAAUACCUGGCUUUUAAGGCAGUUCCGUAUUCUGCCAGCACGGAUGCCCCGGCACCAUCAAGAACUAUGCCUGCAUUCCCCAUGCCUGCGGUUGUGGCUCCUCGGCAGCACGAACAGCCCCUCGAACGUCCUUCCACCUCUCACAGCUCUAGCAGCUCUAACGGCCCGUCCACUGCCGGUCCGGAAUCUAGCAAGCACAGCAAGAAAAACAGGGGUUCCAAGGACUCUGUAAAGUCCGCUGGAAACGGAGCCAAUGGCGGCGAAACCUACGCCGAGAAUUCCAAGUCGUCGGUACCCCUUCCGCCGUACUUUAGGCUACGGGCUCUGAUGCAGUCUCGGGCUACGGCCAAAGCGGAGAGUAAGGCAUCUGCCGCUGCCGCUGCCGCUGCUGCGGCUGCGCGGGCCACUCCGGUUCCUCUUUCGGUAUGUCCCAAGCCUAACGAAAAUAACCCGCAAGAUGGUUCGAGGGUCUCCGAAGGAUCUUCCUCAUCGUCUGGUUUCGGCGAUGGCUCAUCACAUGUAUCGCCGUCCACAACGCCGUCCACUUCCCGGCCGCAAUCAGCAAAGGAUGUUCCGGUGACGGUGAAUGGGGCCAGCAAGGAAAGCCCCGUCAACCCACAACACCAAGACUUGGCCGCAAGCAGGUCGGAAACGCCACGGGCCGGUUACGAGGGGCAGAGCCGAAGCGCCGAGAUGGGAACGGAGGACAAGUGGAGCAGGACGGCCUUGCCACUCGAGCUCGAUUUUGAUACGGAUUCGUUCAUGGCAUCCGUCACCAACUUUGAGCAGCUCGAUGGCACGGAACAGGGCAAGGAAGAAACACUUCACCCCGAGCCCCUGAGGUCGGUUCAUCCUCCUACGUCUCAUCCCAGAUCAUCCGAGCCCGGCUUUUCGAUUCCCCCACGGUCCCGGAAGCGGAGCCAAAGCUCACACAACGGGCCGCCGGUUAUCAACUUCUCAUUGGGCGGGCAUCAGAGGCACAUAGCAACGGCGUCCGUGGAUCGCGGCAAUAUGGGGACCCCGAAAGACUCGCAAUGGAGUGCUCCGAAUGGCCAUCCGAGCCCUCCCAAGGACGAGUUCGAGGCAAACACCACGGACGGGCGAGAAACGCAAUCACAGCACAAGCAAGUCAAGCCGCGUGAGCCGGAUUUGCAGCCGGAAAGCAACUUCCUUGGGGAUGACUACCAGACACAGACUUCCCCUGUGAACUUCCAGCAGGACUGGACUCCGGGCACAACCCCCUCAACCGGAUCGGCUGCCCCCUCGGCCGGCCCCGGUUCUCCCGACGGUUUUGCUCCAGAGUUCCAGGCCCCCGGAAACCCAUACUUUGCCGACUUCUCGGAAUCGUUCCGGCCCAACGACACUCCCACUCCCGCUGCGCCCCCAUCGCCCAUUUCCCUUCCGAGCCCGCUUCACCAGAUCCCGAAGCCCCCGCCUCAGACCCGGGCGAACUCUGCCCCCAUGCCCUCGGCGGCGACUUCCGCCCCUUCGAGAUCCUCAACCCCUGCAGCUCGGGCAAACACAACAACUCCGGUCUCCAUCCUUAAGCAGCCCAGGUCAUCUUCCACCGCAGCAGCGCCCUCCUCAUCGGCCUCCUCCUCCGCGGCAUCGGAACGGCCACCCGUUCUCUCUGCGAUACCCAAACACAUGCAGAUUCAGGCUGGGCGGGGCCCGGCAGCUGCAACAAACCCGGUCGCGCCGGCGGGGGCGGGUAUGGCGCCCAUCGCUAAGAUGUUUGUCCAGUGCUGCAACUGCAAGUUCUACCACGAUAUGCCGUCGAAGCUGUACGAGUGCAUGGCCAAGCCGGACGCGGUGGUGGAGGACAAACUACUGGGGAUCUCCGGAGCGAUCACGACUAUGGUUAAGUGCCCGUGGUGCCACCAUAAUAUGAGCCGGGGCUGCUGUGCCGGCUACGCGGCGGUGGUGUAUCUGAAGGAGAAGUUGCACUAA